AAAAAAUAUCUCAACGCGUUAUGGACCAAGAAGAUGAAGAAAGCAGAAGGAAUCUAAUUAAGUGGGCCCCGUCAAGUUUGGUUUUCUUAAAUCUGAUCGGACUUAGCCGGUUCAAUUUAAACGUGAUUGUCGGUAGUACCCGGUUUAACAUUGUAUCGAUUAUAAACGGCGGUUACUGACACGCGCGCAUGAUUAGAGAAAAAGAAAGAGGCACACGUGUCAGUACUGACUAAGCACCUUCCGAUGGAUGACUCAUCAUCUGCGUGCCAACUCAGUACGAGCAGCUCCUUUUGGCAUGCAUGUAACUGUUUUCAAACUCAAUCCAAAUUUGGAAACCAAAGCUUUGUCUUUACCCUUUUCUAGAAACGUUUCUUGGAGCUGACGUAAGAAUCAAGAAGCCGAACUAAACCCCCCCAAUCUUAUCGUGAGGGAUAACUAGAGAUGUGUCAUAAAGUCGAUGUUGUCGUGGAGUUUUGAUAUUUUUGUUGUACCCUGAUCCUCCUUUAUAAUCCAGAAGCUGUAGAGAGCUAAAAGUGAGAAAAAAGGUAGAAACUUCAGCUACUGAGCGACGUUCACGAAGCAAAAUACAAGGAAUCUCGAAAUGAAUGCGAACAAUGGAGAGGAGCGAAUCGUUCACGAGGUUGCAUUGGUGCUUCCUAAGAGGACCCGAAAAGAAGAAGAAGAAGACUGUGUUGAAGUUUUGGUGACUGAACUAAAGAAGAGAGGGAUGGUUGUCGAUAGAGACGUUGGUCUCGCAGAUGAGUUUCUCAAGGUAGCAGCUCCUUUGGAGACUUUGGAAAGUGCAGCAGCAGAGCUUCAUAUACGUAAACCUACUCGUCUUGGAAUGGAUCUACCCUUUGAGGUGCAAGGGUCUGAGGCUUUCAUUCAGCAACCUGAUGGGUCACUGUUCAGCUGGUUUGAACGUUUUCGUUGCUACCAACACCUUCUUUAUGGAAUUGUAAAUUGUUAUGGACACGACGUUACACUGAAACUUGACGGAAGAGAGCUUUGUUGGGCACCAGAAGAAUCAUUAGUUAGAAAGUUGGAAUCAGAAGGCGUCAUCAAACAAAUGUUUCCUCUUCACGAUGAACUCAAGAGGAAAGAACUUCUCCGAACUUGGGCUUUAAACUGGUGGAACUUCACAAAUCAACCAAUUGAUAAGAUCUACUCUUACUUCGGUGCAAAGAUUGGAGUCUACUUUUCCUUCUUGGGAAUGUAUACACAGUGGUUACUUUUUCCAGCCUUACUCGGGUUUAUAGUCCAGAUGGUUAAUUUUGGGUCAUUGCAGUAUCUUGUUCUCCCAAGUUUCUUUGUCAUUACAACACUCUGGGCUGCCUUGUUUCUUCAGUUCUGGAAACGUAAAAACGCUGCUUUGUUAGCUAGAUGGCAGAUAAACUGUUUAGUUGGUCCCAGUCAAGGAUAUCGAUUUCUCGGAAUGGAAUGGAGCUCUCUUCCGUUUCCAAAGGAGCUUACAAAGAAUCUAGGGAAUGAGAAAUUCAAAGAGAAGGAACCAUAUCAAAGAUAUGAAUGGUUUGCUUAUCGCAAGAGGUUUAGUAAUGAUGUUUUUGUUAUCAUAAGCAUUAUCUGCUUCCAACUCCCAUUUGAGCUAGCGUAUGCUCAUACUUACGAGAUGAUCACAUCCAAUAUAAUAAAGUUUGUUUUGACAGCUGUCUACCUUCUAAUCAUUCAGUACCUCACGAGGUUGGGAGGCAAAGUGGCUGUAAAGCUGAUAAAUCGAGAGAUCAACGAGAGUGUGGAGUAUCGAGCUAACAGUUUGAUUUACAAAGUUUUUGGGCUCUAUUUUAUGCAGACUUACAUUGGUAUCUUCUACCAUGUUCUGUUACACCGGAACUUCACGACACUACGACAAGUAUUGCUCCUACGGUUAAUAAUCUCCCAGGUUUUCUGGACCUUUAUGGAUGGUUCUUUGUCUUACCUUAAGUACAGCUACAGAAAGUUUAGAGCUAGGAAGAAGAAGAGAAGUGAAGGUGGACCAUCAACAGGAAAAAUACAAAUAGCCUCAAGAGUUGAGAAGGAAUACCUCAAGCCUACAUAUUCAGCAAGCAUUGGUGUAGAACUUGAAGAUGGGCUAUUUGAUGAUUCACUCAAGCUAGCGUUGCAGUUUGGAAUGAUCAUGAUGUUUGCUUGUGCCUUCCCUCUUGCUUUUGCCCUUGCUGCAGUGAGUAAUAUAAUGGACAUAAGAACAACUGCUUUAAAGCUAUUGGUCACAAUGCAAAGGCCUUCUCCUCGUGCUGCUGCAACCAUUGGAGCUUGGUUAAACAUAUGGCAGUUUUUAGUUGUAAUGUCUAUAUGCACAAACUCGGCGCUCUUGGUAUGUUUAUACGACAAAGAAGGAAAAUGGAAGAUGGAACCAGGGCUGGCUGCCAUUCUCAUCUUGGAACAUGUACUCUUGCUUCUGAAAUUUGGACUCUCUCGUCUUGUCCCUGAAGAGCCUGCUUGGGUUAGAGCCAAUCGUGUGAAGAAUGUGACACAAGCACAAGACGUUUACAGUAAACAGCUCUUGAGAAGCAGUUCUAGUGAAUUUGCCUCCAUGGUAAAACCUGAACAAGAACAACAGAAAGAAGACUAGAAGCAACCUUGACUUGAAUAUAUAGAACCAACGAACAUCGAAAAGGUUUUUUUUUAU